ACAAAACGUGGUGCACCGCCGACGCUAAUGUUUUGUAGGUUCGCGUCACUGCUGUAGCAUCUCCCUGUGCCAAUGAUCUGACAUAAGCCAUCAGAGAUGCUGUUAAAAGAUCUUCCCAGAGAGGCCCUGAUGCGGCCGUUGUCCCGGAAUGAAGUGGUGGGUAUGUUGGUGAGGCUGACCAUCUUUGGUGCUGCCACAUACUACAGCAUCAAAUGGGUUGUUGACGCCAUGGAUCCUACUGCCAAACAGAAAAACCAAGCCAAGAAAAGGGCAGAACAGCUGAUGAAGAGGAUUGGUGUCGAGGGGAUCAAACUAACAGAGUAUGAAAUGAAUAUUGCAUCUCACCUUGUUGAUCCACAAACUAUGAAGGUGUCUUGGCGAGAUAUAGCAGGUCUGGACGAGGUUAUCAAUGAACUGCAGGACACGGUCAUCCUUCCCUUUCAGAAAAGACAUCUUUUAGCUGGAUCCAAACUCUUUCAGCCUCCUAGAGGUGUUUUAUUAUUUGGUCCUCCGGGAUGUGGGAAGACCAUGAUCGCCAAGGCAACAGCCAAAGCCUCGGGGUGCAAGUUCAUUAACCUUCAGGCCUCCACUCUGACAGACAUGUGGUAUGGAGAAUCCCAGAAGCUGACUGCUGCUGUGUUUUCACUGGCUGUCAAAAUCCAUCCCUGUAUCAUCUUCAUUGAUGAAAUUGAGUCAUUUCUGAGGAAUCGUUCCAGCCUCGACCACGAGGCCACGGCCAUGAUGAAGGCACAGUUCAUGAGCCUGUGGGAUGGCCUGGACACGUCCGCUACCACCCAGGUGAUGGUGAUGGGAGCUACUAACAGGCCGCAGGACGUGGACCCGGCCAUACUGCGCAGGAUGCCCACCACUUUUCAUGUUGGCCUGCCCAACACGAGACAAAGGCAGGAAAUCCUGAGGCUGAUCUUAGCAGGAGAAAAUCUGAGCAACGCCAUCAAUCUGAAAGAGAUCGCUGAAAGGACGGAAGGUUACUCCGGCAGCGACCUGCGGGAGCUUUGCCGCGACGCUGCCAUGUACAGAGUGAGGGACUAUGUUCGCAAGGAGCAGAUGAGGCAGAUCGCUCAGCAGCUGCAGGACUGUGAGGAGGAGGAGGAGGAAAAGCCGGUGGUUGAAGAGCGUUUGCGGCCAGUCACUCAACUGGACCUUCUCUUCGGCCUGGACAAGAUGAAGGAAUCCAAGCGAGCCACGGCCUUCAUGUUACCCAGUGCACCAGAGGUUCCCCUGGACUAAACGCCAACGCCAGGCACCACUGACAUGGAAAUGUUUCCUGAGUUCCAGCUCACCAAGCAGAGACUGAGGUGAAGUCUGGCAUCAUUUUCUCAACCCAACACGGCAGGUGUUGUCCGGGGUAUGUUCAUUCUCAGCACAACCUCACUACAUGUUCACAAUCUCCGCCUGCACACCAGUGACUGCUCCAAUGGAGCGAUAUACGGUCAAUUCUCCUUUCUUCAGGGCACUAGCAGAGUUUGUUUUGAAGAGGCAUUUUCCAUUACAUUUAUCAAACUCAUGACUCAUUCAGAGUCUGGACUCCAGAUCUUUGUGACAUUUGAUCUCUUAACCGAGCUGUUGUUCCCCAUUUUGUUUUUUAAGGACAAAAAUGUGUGAAUGAAGGCUGCUUUAAUCGCCAAAACCACUUAGAGAGAUUUCUAAUGAUAUUUUCUGCCAUUGUUGUGUGUCAGCAAGUAAUUAGCGGGGGGGAAAAAAAAUGAGCCUUGUAUAUUUUAAGUAUUCACUCCCAAGUGCUUGUCGUUGUAAAUGUAUUAAUGAAGUCACAUAUCAGAAAUAGAAGUUUAAAUAUUCCAAAAAAAACUACUCAGUGAAUGUGCUGAUAGCGUUUAGAGGAAAAAGGUAAUGCCGUGUUAAGUCAAUCGACUAUUGGUUUGUUUAUUUCUCAUCUCGUGCUUUUAAAAUGUGAAACAUGGUGGUUGUUUGUGUAGCAGUGUGACGUUCAGGAGUCACUGCUGUUGAAAACCGUAAACACAACACAACAAAGUGUAUUGAAAAGGCCACUCGAGUGCUCUGUGAAUGUGCGGAUAACAAAACAGGUAUAAUGAGGGAACUUCCACCACUUAAAAGCCUUUAAUAGAAUCCACACAUUUAAUGAGCGCGUCUAAUUAUCUCGGUUAUCACUGUCCUUCACUGAAUGACUGUUAAGUACACUUAACCUUUUCGAUUGCUGCAUUGUUUGCUGUUUAACGGCAUGUUUGCAGUGGCUGUAAAAUACUGGGCGGCAGACAGUUGAGCCCAAGACGUUGGAUGCAUCUGGUGUUUUAUUUCAUUCAAGUCCUCUCAGCUUGGUAUUAUUUUGCCAUCAAAUGACAAUAGCUGAGAUGUCUUCAUGUUAAAAUCCUUGUGUGUGUGUGUGUCAUAUUUAUUGUGUCGCUAUUAGUACAUUUAUUUUUAUAAUAGACUUUAAAAAAAAAAGAGGUUCAUGCAUCGGUCCACAGCUGACAGAACUGCCCGUUCUCAAGAGUGAGAGCGUGGCAUAGAAAUUCAUAAAGCUUUUAAUGAGCUGUCAGUGUGAAGCUGAUGUGACAAGCUUCUCUGUCUCUGCGUAAAAAGCCCUAUUGUUUCCCAUAAUCUCAGCAUGUGUCCGUUGAAGUGUUUCCCACAGACCUUUUCUCCUGUUCAAUCACAAAGCAAGCCGAUGUGUGUGUGAGUGUCACUCAUGAACGGCCACAUGGUGGCACUGUAGCUACACUAUUAUUACUGAGGCAGGUCGUUUCAAGCUGCAACAUGGAUUGUAUUUAUAUCUUUGUGAGGUCCUGUCUAUUCUCUAUUCUCUCGAAUUUGUUUGGGCCGCACCACUUUAAAGGACUUUUUCAGGGUGUAGACCUGGUCUUAGGGUCAGGAUUGUGGUAAAGGUUAAGGUAAGGAACUUGGUUGUGAUGGUUAGGAUACGGGAAGUCCUCACUCAGAUAUAAAAACAAGUUAGUGUGUGUUCAAUCACCGUUAUGAGACAAUGAAACGGAGAUCCCUGCAUCACUGGGUUGCUUUCCUUUUGUUGGCUCAUCUGGUGAUAUUUAGAAAUCAGUUUUUCUUCAUCGAAGUACCUCAGGUGACCUUGUAAAGUUAAAAUGAUCUGUUGCCAUGUAAAGCAGUGAGUGUGUCGCUGCAGCCUCGCACGUCUGUGCACCUGUGUUCAUGCUUUCAUUCAGUGCAAUAUCACUUCAUCACGUCUUUCAUGAAUGCGUUCUCCAUUAUGUUGUUACUGUAAACGAUGCCGUCACCUAUGUGUAUGUGUGAGAUGUUAAAUAUUGAACCUGAGCUGUAAAUACACUCAACAACAUGUUCCUCAUUUUUAUUCAAGCAUGAAUUUUGUUUUUGUCCUUGUUCACGUGUAUAAAAUGUAAUAAAUAUGGGAUUAAAUCCAAACUGUCACUUUCUAAACAAUGUAUAUACAGAUACACGUACGCUGGCAGCCCGCGGACAAGUGGAAAGGGAAAUUGUCUUGUAACAGGAGGGUUGCCAGUUCUGAAACCUUCCCAAUUGUAGAGAAGUAUCCAUGGAAAACUACUGAAACUAAACUUUUUAAAAUGCCAUGUUAUGAUCAGCUGUAACAUUAAAACCAGUUUUGUGGUAGUAGACUAUUGAGAAUUAUUUGAAUUAGUAUAAUUGGUUUGUAAUUCAUUAUUAUAAUGUAUUUGUCUACUGUUUUCAGGUGAAUGUUACAGGGUUGUAAAAACAGGCAGGUUUUUAUCCAAAAAGUCAUCACACUGAUAAAUAACUCUGAACUUGGCAUUAAAACAUAAGGAAUGGUCCAAUA